AUGGCAGGCACUAUUUUUGGACCUCAAAAUGUAACCACUACAGACAAUUCUACUGUGGAGACUGAGGUCUUUUCAGGCAUUCGCAUCUUCAAAAUAUGCAUUUACUUUGCCAUCCCAGUCGUAGGUCUCAUCGGAAACGGGCUCGUCAUAUUUGUGACUGGCUACAAAAUGAAGACGACAGUCAACUCCAUUUGGUUCCUCAACUUGGCGAUUGCAGACUUCAUCAUCUCCUUAACUCUCAUCAUAACCAUCAUUUUAGCCUUAUGCAAGAUGGCUUGGCACUUUGGUGACUUCAAGUGCAAGUUUCUCCAAUUCAUGAUUUACUUAAACAUGUUUGCCAGCAUUUUUCUGCUGACGACUAUCAGUUUGGACCGGUGCCUUUGCACAUGGAUGGUCGUGUGGACUCGGAAUAAUCGAACCCUGUUUAAAGCCAGAAUCAUCUGCAAGAUUGUGUGGAUUUUAUCCAUCGGCUGCAGCAUCCCCGCUGUCCUCAAUCACACAACAACACAGCUUAAAGGAAUCUGUAACUAUCCAACUUCUAUACAAUCUUUGAAGUCUUUGGUCACAUAUAGGUUCAUAGUGGGCUUCCUCAUCCCCUUCCUGAUUAUUGCUUUUUCAUAUAUAGCUAUUGCAGUGCAAAUCAAACGCCUAAAAGAGGGGAAGCAGCUCAGGUCGUACCGGGUCAUUAUAGCUGUGGUCCUAGCCUUUUUCAUAUGCUGGCUUCCUUAUCACAUCCACGAGUUUUAUGACAUAAGUGCAGAGGUGAAUCAGUGGAGUGAGUCUGCUAAAGAGGUUUUAUUGAACACAGACGCUGUAGUAGUAUGCCUGACUUUUUUAAACAGCAGUUUGAACCCCAUUCUCUAUGUGUUCAUGAGUGAUGAGUACAAGAAGAAGCUUAAACAGUCUCUGCUGCUGGUGCUGGAGACGGCUUUCGUUGAGGAUCAUCUGGACUUAAAAGUCCCAAAGCAAACAAAGGACAUCACUAUCUCUAUGCGUGGCAACUGCCAAGAUGACAUUUACAACUCUGCUUUUAUGACUUAA